CAUAAUUCUGUUUUCGUUUUUCUACACUCGACACCAAAUCCUUCUCAAAACCUCAUCACAAUGCAGUACAAGACCCUCGCUAUCAUUGCCGCCGUCGGCCAGGCCACCGCCACCCUUGACCUCCUGACCCACUCUCAGAUCUCUGAGCGUAUUUUCGGUCUCUCCACCGAGCAGGUGAAGAACAUUGACCGCGCUGUCCAGGAGGCCGCCGCCCCCAUUGCUCAGGUUGCUGGCCAGAUUGUCCGCAACCUCAGCGGCACCAGCGACGAGAUCAUUGUCACUAGCCAGAAGGUCGUCCGUCAGGCCAUCAAGGCCGUCAACGAGGCCUUGACCCCCGAGGUCCGCGCCAAGAUCCGCGUCGGUGUCUCCAACGCCGUCAAGACUACCCUUGACACUUACUUCUAAGCCAAUACUUAUAGCCGAACACUAAGGUUUUUAAAUCCGGUAUAAUUGUUUUUUAUUUACUCUUUUCCUUUGUCUAACCAUUGCUUUUAGUAAAGUAAAUAGGGGCAAGUAAUCCGGGCACCCAGUCCUUUUUGAUCUCAAUUAAAAAUAAAAAAUAAAGCUAUUUUGGUUUACACUUGACACAUGCAAUUUGAA